UUAAUCCUAACCGUUGAUGGUAGGUUAGGUUUUCUCUCAAGCCUUUCUCUCCAGUUUUUCUCUCACUUAAGCUCCCGUGGACGCGGGCCUUCGCAGCUUCCGUCGCCGCCCGCCGUCGCAGCUUCAGCCUUCAGCAGAUAGAUGUUAAAGGCACAUCUUUUAUUCGUCAAGGAGAGGUGCCAAUUUGGAUUCUUCUUUCAAAGAACACAAGCAAACGCGAAAAUUCGGGUUGGUACAAAAAAAAUGCCCCUAACCCAACCCGACCCGACCAGUGAAAACCCCUAGCCGUAGUUACAUAUUUCGCUUCUGCGAAGUUAGGAAGAAGAUCCACUGCAAGCUCAAGGGAUCCUAUGGGGAAGCAGGACGAGCCCUUUCAUGUCAGUUCCAAAGCGGAGCUGAAGCGUAGAGAGAAGCAGCAGAAGAAGGCCAAGUCUGGAGGCUUCGAGUCUUUAGGCCUCAGUCCCAAUGUCUUCAGAGGAAUCAAGCGCAAGGGCUAUAGAGUGCCCACCCCAAUUCAGAGGAAAACCAUGCCGCUCAUACUUUCCGGCGCGGAUGUGGUGGCCAUGGCACGGACGGGGUCGGGUAAAACUGCUGCCUUUCUGGUGCCUAUGUUGGAGCGGCUAAAACAGCACGAUCCUCAGGGUGGUGUUAGGGCUCUCAUUUUGUCUCCUACCAGGGACUUGGCGCUUCAGACUCUCAAGUUCACCAAGGAACUUGGGAAAUUCACGGAUCUUCGAAUUAGUUUAUUGGUAGGCGGUGAUAGUAUGGAAACACAGUUUGAAGAAUUGGCUCAAAGUCCUGAUAUCAUAAUUGCCACUCCUGGAAGGCUAAUGCACCAUUUGUCUGAGGUUGAUGACAUGUCCUUGCGCACGGUGGAAUAUGUAGUUUUUGAUGAAGCUGAUUGUCUCUUUGGCAUGGGUUUUGCCGAGCAGUUGCAUAAAAUCCUUGCACAACUGAGUGAAAAUCGUCAAACCUUGCUUUUCAGUGCAACCUUACCAAGUGUUCUUGCAGAGUUUGCAAAGGCUGGUCUUCGUGAUCCCCAGCUUGUGCGCCUUGAUUUGGAAACUAAGAUUAGCCCUGACUUAAAGCUUGUUUUCUUUACUUUGCGUCAAGAAGAGAAAAAUGCAGCAUUGUUGUAUUUAAUCAGAGAGCACAUUAGUGCUGAUCAACAAAGUUUGAUUUUUGUAUCCACUAAGCAUCAUGUGGAGUUUUUAAAUGUUUUGUUCAGAGAGGAAGGUAUUGAGCCGUCUGUAUGCUAUGGUGACAUGGACCAAGAUGCUCGUAAGAUUCAUAUAUCAAGAUUUAGAGCUAGAAAAACAAUGUUCUUAAUAGUGACUGAUGUGGCAGCUAGGGGCAUUGACAUCCCAUUGCUUGAUAAUGUUAUCAAUUGGGACUUCCCUCCAAAACCUAAAAUCUUUGUACAUCGUGUUGGACGAGCUGCUAGGGCUGGUCGAACUGGUACAGCAUUUUCAUUUGUAACUUCUGAAGAUCUCCCUAACCUUUUAGAUCUUCAUCUUUUUCUCUCAAAACCUAUAAGAGCUGCACCUACGGAAGAUGAGGUUUUACUUGAUAAGGAGGGAGUGAUCUCUAAAAUAGAGAAUGCAAUUGCAAGUGGAGAAACUGUAUAUGGACGUCUCCCACAGACAGUUAUUGAUCUUGCUUCUGAUAGAAUUAGAGAAACUAUUGAUUCUUCAGCAGAAUUGAUUUCUCUGCAGAAAACCAGUUCGAAUGCCUUUCGCUUGUAUUCAAAGACAAAACCUCUACCUUCAAAAGAGUCUAUCAGAAGGGCAAAGGACUUACCUCGAGAAGGGUUGCAUCCAAUCUUCAAAAAUGUAUUGGAAGGUGGUGAACUAAUGGCAUUGGCCUUCUCAGAGCGUUUAAAAACAUUCAGACCCAAGCAGACUAUACUUGAAGCUGAAGGAGAAGCUGCUAAGUUAAGGCAUCAUCAGGGUCCUAGCCAAUGGGCUGAUGUGAUGAAGAGAAAGAGAGCUAUUCAUGAGGAGGUCAUUAACUUAGUUCAUCAGCAACGCUCUGCUAAGCAUGUGGAGGAGGAACUCCCAUUGGAAAACAUUUCUCCAAAGGAUAAGGAGAAGAAAGGACCUCGAGGAUUAAAGAGAAGAAAGACGGCAAGUUUCAAGGAUGAGGAGUUUUACAUAAGUUCAGUACCAACAAAUCAUCAUACCGAAGCAGGACUAACUGUAAAAGCUGAUCAAGGUUUUGGGUCUAACAGGUUGGAUACUGCUGUUCUAGAUCUAGUCGCAGAUGAUAGUUCUGGCAUGCAGAAACAGAAAUCCGUAUACCAUUGGGAUAAGCGGGGUAAGAAAUAUGUGAAGUUAAACAAUGGCGAUCGGGUCACAGCCAGUGGAAAGGUAAAGACAGAAAGCGGUGCAAAAGUAAAAGCUAACAAGACCGGCAUAUACAAGAAAUGGAAAGAACGAUCACACAAUAAGAUCUCUCUAAAAGGAACAGAACGAAAUGGUGAAGCCAUAAACACUGCUGGAAAUCAACGAUUUUCGGGAAAUAAAAGAAAGUUUGGGCCAGGCAAGAAUAAGCAUUCAGUGCCUAAUGCUCAUGUGCGUCCGGAAGUUAAAAACCUCGACCAAAUUCGGAAGGAACGACAGAAGAAGGAAAAUAGAAUUCAGCACAUGAAGAACAGACCAUCAAGGGGUAAAAAGUCUGGUAAAAAAGGAAAGAGGGGAAAGGCAAAGUAGGAAGGUAGAGCUUUAUUUUACUUCACUUUCACUAUUUUGGGGGUCUCUUAAGAGGGAAGAUUUUGGCUUCACUUCCUUUUUAGGAGACUCCCAAGUUUUGACUGCAUUUUUCCUAAUUUCAGGAACCACUUCAAACAUUGAUUGUAUUGUCUUUGUACGAGCUAAUACAAAGUAAAGUUUCAGUAGUUCCUAUACCA